AUGUUCCCCGUACUGCUGCCGGCAUCUGUCAAAUGUUCCCCUUACUGCUGCCGGCAUCUGUCAAAUGUUCCCCGUACUGCUGCCGGCAUCUGUCAAAUGUUCCCCGUACUGCCACCAGCAUCUGUCAAAUGUUCCCCGUACUGCUGCCGGCAUCUGUCAAAUGUUCCCCGUACUGCUACCGGCAUCUGUCAAAUGUUCCCCGUACUGCUGCCAGCAUCUGUCAAGUGUUCCCUGUACUGCUGCCGGCAUCUGUCAAAUGUUCCCCGUACUGCUGCCGGCAUCAGUCAAACUGUUCCCCGUACUGCUGCAUCUGUCAAAUGUUCCCCGUACUGCUGCCGGCAUCUGUCAAAUGUUCCCCGUACUGCUGCCGGCAUCUGUCAAAUGUUCCCCGUACUGCUGCCGGCAUCAGUCAAAUGUCCCCGUACUGCUGCCGGCAUCUGUCAAAUGUUCCCCGUACUGCUGCCGGCAUCUGUCAAAUGUUCCCCGUACUGCUGCCGGCAUCUGUCAAAUGUUCCCCGUACUGCUGCCGGCAUCUGUCAAAUGGUCCCCGUACUGCUGCCGGCAUCUGUCAAAUGUUCCCCGUACUGCUGCCGGCAUCUGUCAAAUGUUCCCCGUACUGCUGCCGGCAACUGUAUCAUAUGA